UAUUAAAUCACUUUUGUUGUAAAAUCAACUACUCUCGUUUACUAUUUGACAAAUACUUAUUGGUUAAACUUACAACCAAUCAUGAAGAUAAAGAUGUUUGUUGCACUUAUUAGUGCUGCAGCGGUGACUCUGCUUAUUCUCACGGAAUCCGGGCUUCUUGGAGUCUCCCAACGCCAAAAGGUUGUGUUGAUGGAGGAAGAUAAAUACUUUGAGUUGCUCGAUAGAGUGUGCCGAGUACCAGUCGACCCCGAAAUGCCACAAACUCACCUGAGCGACAAAUGCUUCCUUGAACUGUACCACCUACACCAGAAAGUUGGAAUAAGAACUUCGGAACUGUACGAAGAGAUUCAGAGAUGGGAGCGCAAGAUGGUUGAUUUGGAAGGGGAGGCUACACUGGUAGGACAUUCCUACUUUUCAAAACCAAUGGCAAACUUUAAAAUGUCAUAUACCUACCGGAGCUACGUUGAACCGGUGCUGCAAGAUGCAAAUGAUAUGGCAGCGAAGAAUGGAAGAAAUGUUGCUGGGAAAGGUUUGGCCCUAGCUGCUGCCCUCCUAAUAUUCUCCCAUAUUUUGUGCAGAUUCACGAAACCUGACAGCUACGCAUUACCAAUGCCAAACUUCUACGAAACGUCCAAGACCCAAAGAGGAUGUUCCUUGUUCGUGAAGCUUCGGAACUACUUUCACGGGCCAGAUAGUCUGGACUUGCCUUUACCAGGAGCAUACAAGAAGCAGGACAAGUUCAUCGUGUAAAUAACUUGCUGCAAUAGACACACCAUUACACGUGUUCAUGAAAGAUAUCGGACGAAUUUCAGCUCGUCAAAAUCUUAUAUGCUAUAGAUAU